CUCCACCAUCUUCUUCAUCUCUCUCUCUCUUAACUCGACACAACUCCUCCACCAUCCUCUCCCUUUUUCUCUCUCUCUCUCUCUCUCUCUUAUGGAUAUUGGCUCUACUUGGCCAAAAUCUCAGUUGGGUCCACCAGCGUGCGAGAAGCAUGCCAAGGCACUCCAAUUCAUCGAAGAGGUGACUAGAAAUGCUGAAUCAGUUCAACAGAAGGUUUUGGAAGAAAUACUAAGCGCGAACGCGGAAACUGAGUACCUCCGGCGCUUUAGGCUCUCUGGUUCAAUCGACCGGGACACCUUCAAAUCCAAUGUCCCCGUCGUAACUUACAAAGAGCUUCAACCUGAAAUCCAACGCAUUGUUGAGGGUGACCGCUCCCCGAUCUUGUCCGUUUAUCCCAUCACUGAACUCUUCACUAGUUCUGGCACUUCAGGUGGUCAAAGUAAACUCAUCCCGACGACUAAGGUAGAGAUGGAUCGUCGUGAUAUCCUAACCAAUCUUCGCAUGCCUGUCAUGAGCCUCUAUGUUCCGGAUUUGGAUAAGGGCAAGGGGCUUUAUUUCAUGUUUGUCAAGUCAGAAACGAAGACGCCCGGUGGGCUUCUGGCCCGGACAGUAUUUACUAGCCACUUGAAGAGUGCCCACUUCCAAGCCCGACGCAACGACCCAUAUGAUCUCUACACAAGCCCAGACGAAGCCAUCCAGUGCCCCAACACGUUCCAGAGCAUGUACACCCAUAUGCUAUGCGGCCUCCUGGAGCACAAACAGGUUCACCGAGUCGGGGCAGUGUUUGCCUCGGGCCUACUCCGAGCCAUCCGGUUUCUCCAACUCAAUUGGCCACAACUAACCCACGAUAUCCGAUCCGGAGCGCUCAACCCGGCUAUCACAGACCCAUCGAUCCGGGAUUGCAUGAUCCGGAUCUUGAAGAAGCCUGAACCAGAACUUGCAGACUUUAUUGCUUCAGAGUGCUCAAAGGAGAAUUGGGAAAAAAUUAUCACGAGGAUUUGGCCCAAUACCAAAUACUUGGAUUGUGUUGUAUCGGGUGUAAUGGCCCAACAUAUUACAGCCCUGGAAUACUACAGUGGCGGGUUGUCCGUGGCCUCCACCUCGUACGGUUCAUCUGAAUGCUAUGUCGGACUCAAUCUCAACCCGAUUUGUGACCCAUCCCAAGUCAUCUACACAAUCGUGCCAAACAUGGCCUACUUCGAGUUCAUACCCCAAAAGUCAAACUCCGCCAAACUCGUUGACCUCGCUGAUGUGGAAGUGGGACAGGAAUAUGAACUAGUUGCCACUACCCAUGGAGGACUAUAUCGGUACCGAAUCGGUGACAUCCUCCGAGUCACCGGAUUCCACAACUCGGCCCCACAAGUCCACUUCGUCAGCCGAAAGAAUGUGUUGUUAAGCAUCGACGAGGACAAGACCGACGAGGCCGAGCUACAAAAAUCCGUCGAGACCGCGGGGCGACUCCUGCGUGACGAGUCCGACGCAAUAGUGCUCGACUACACCAGUUACGCCGACACGAAGUUGACCAUUCCGGGUCACUACGUGAUUUACUGGGAAUUAGGCCCCCCAGACUCGACCCGUUGGCCGAGCGAUGAGUUGCUAGGUCGUUGUUGCCUGGCAAUGGAGGAAUCACUCGGCUCCAUAUACAAACGGGGCCGAGUUGCGGACGGGUUAAUCGGGCCGCUGGAGAUACGGGUUGUGAGGAGUGGGACAUUUGAGGAGAUUAUGGAUCAUGCAAUAUCAAGAGGGGCGUCCCUUAGCCAGUAUAAGAUGCCUAGGUGUGUGAGCCUUGCACCAACCAGGAAGCUUCUUGAAUCUAGAGUGGUCUCAGCCCAUUUUAGCCCCUCUUUGCCCCAUUGGAGCCCUGAACUAAGUCCGUAAUUUUUUUUAAAUUCAGAUUUUUUUUUUUUUAAUUUUUUUGGCUUCGUUUUAUUGAUUUCUUAUAAGGUUUAGUUGAUGUGUAAGAAUGUUGUAAUAAGAGCCUCUGGUGAAAUUAUUGUGGAAGUGUACGUGUACGUAGUUACACAUAUUAUAAUGUAGGGUUCAAUUUUGUGUCAUAAA